GUCUCCUCUCUGCCUCCGUACUAGACGGCCGGAUCCAUUUCCGGGCUCGGGAGAUUUGGUAUCGAUCAGGGCCGGGGGCGCGCGGAGCAGGUGGCAGUGGCCAGGCAGCUGGGCCGCCCGCCUGGUGCGCCCGGACUGUCUCCCGCCGCCUUUGUCAGCAGCCCCAGCCCGGCCUGCUCGCUCGCUCCCUCGCUCUUCCUCGCUGCACUUUGCGUCGUGCGCUGCUGCUGCUGCUGCUGCUGCGCGCCCGGCCCGGCUCGGCGUCGGCUGUGCUGGGGAAGUGGACGGACCCCGGGCCCAACAUGGCUGAAGUCAGCAUCGACCAGUCCAAGCUGCCUGGAGUGAAGGAAGUGUGCAGAGACUUCGCUGUGCUGGAGGACCACACCCUGGCUCACAGUCUGCAGGAACAAGAGAUUGAGCAUCACUUGGCAUCCAACGUUCAGCGGAGUCGUUUGGUCCAGCAUGAUCUGCAGGUGGCCAAGCAGCUCCAAGAAGAAGACCUGAAAGCCCAGGCUCAGCUGCAGAAACGCUACAAAGACCUCGAACAACAAGACUGUGAGAUUGCUCAGGAAAUUCAGGAGAAGCUGACUAUUGAGGCAGAGAGACGCCGCAUCCAGGAGCAGAAGGAUGAGGACAUAGCUCGCCUCUUGCAAGAAAGAGAGUUACAGGAAGAGAAAAGGCGAAAGAAACACAUUCCAGAGUUCUCUGGAGGCAAUGAUUAUGGAGAUAGUUUCUAUUAUGAAGAUGGAGACCAACCAAGGUCAAGGAGGGCUAAGGAAGUGGGAUCUGGAUAUUCAAGGUCUCAUAGACUCCCAAGUGAUGGAAAUACUGCCAAGCAAAGGAAAAAGAAACCUCAGCAUCCACUGGAGAACUCGGAAGAGCAGGAAGACCGUCGUUCAUCAGACAGAUCCCUGUCAUCCUCUAGCUGGGGUGAAGGGGGGGACAAUCCUCACGUUACCAGCGAGCAUCGUGAGAGGACUGGGUCUGGUCAGGAGAGGCCCCGGAGACCUCCGCUCCCCAGGAUCAGUGGGGAGGUGUUUCUCACCACUGAGGCUGAUGACUGGGAGGCCUACAAUGGCCAUCGAACUCGGAAUUUGGGGAAACGGUCCCGACACCAAGAGAGACUUUCACCGGUGUCCUCACCGAAUGCGGGGCUUCACUGCAAGGAACCGGUGUGUGGGAGGGAGCCCGGGCAAGGUGAGCACAGAGGAAGGAGACAUGGGCCCAGGUCUCCGCCCUUCUCAGAGAGUGAGGAGCGGCCUCACCACCACGAUCCAGGAAUGAAGCCACGGGUGAUGAAAGAUGCUCUCUCUACUUCAUCACGAGGAAACCACAGGGAUCAGGAAUGGUAUGAUGCUGAAAUUGCCAGAAAACUACAAGAAGAAGAACUUCUGGCUACCCAGGUAGAUAUGAGAGCAGCUCAAGUGGCCCAAGAUGAAGAAAUUGCUCGUCUUUUAAUGGCUGAGGAAAAGAAAGCUUACAAGAAAGCCAGGGAGCGGGAAAAAUCAUCUUUAGAAAAAAGAAAGCAUGACCCAGAAUGGAAGCCAAAGUUAGCUAAGUCUGCACAUCCAAAGUCAAAAGAGAAUGAUGAAACUCACCGUUCUAAGCAUGACAGACCAGCACGGCCGCCACCAGUGACCACAGCGGAAGGCGAGGAUGCGGACUAUACUCAUCUCACGAAGCAGCAUAGUUCCAGCCGUCAUGUCUCCAAGUCCGAGUCCUCUCACAAAGGUUUCCAUUACAAGCAAUAGAAACCUAUGAUUCUUCCUUGAAAAUGGACUCACCAUAGCAGAAAUUACCAGAUGAUACCGAUUGCAUUCCACAUUAUUUUCCCCUCAUUAUUUGCAUCUCUGGGAUUUAUUCUCAGUUUUGUUUUUUUGUUUUUUGUUUUUUUUUUUUUUUGGUAUGACCAUAUAUAUUUUUACUUUAUUUCAAAUAUUUUGGUUACUCCUGAUCACGUGGGCAGUGUAAGAAAAUGUAGCUGCUGACCAAUAUCAGCCUCCGCACUGUAAUCCUACCUGGAAUCUCAUGUCCAAGAGUUCUGUGAGAAUUCCCUUUUGGAAUUAUGGAAUUAUGGAAUUUUGGUCUCUCAGGACUAGAUUUUGUGUAGCAGUUAGAAUUAUGUGGGGAAGAACGGACAACGUGAAGUGUGUCUGGAUGCAAUGUAGAAUAAAAGAAUGUAAGAAGU